AUGGCAGAGAAGGGUAUGGAUCCUGCGUGUGUCUCCAUUGCCCUGGAGGACACGGUGUGCCAUGCCAGCCCCCCAGAUGCCCCGCUCCUCACCACCCAUUUGAAGAAGGUGGAGAACCACAUCACAGAGGCCCAGAGGUUUUCCCACCUCCCGAAGCGCUCGGCUGUCAACAUUGAAUUCAUUGACCUGUCCUACUCUGUGCGGGAAGGCUCCUGGUGGAGGAAGAGAGGGUACAAGACUCUCCUCAAAUGCCUGUCAGGGAAGUUCUGCCAGCGGGAGCUCAUUGGGAUCAUGGGGCCUUCAGGUGCCGGGAAGUCCACACUCAUGAACAUCCUGGCUGGCUACAGGGAGACUGGCAUGAAGGGGCAGAUCCUGGUGAACGGCCGGCCACGGGACCUGCGUACCUUCCGCAAGAUGUCCUGCUACAUCAUGCAGGAUGACAUGCUCCUGCCACACCUCACUGUGCUGGAGGCUAUGAUGGUCUCUGCUAACCUGAAGCUGAGCGAGAAGCAGGAGGUGAAGAAGGAGCUGGUAAAUGAGAUCCUGACGGCCCUGGGGCUGCUGGAGUGCUCCUACACCCGCACCAUCUCGCUGUCGGGGGGCCAGCGCAAACGCCUUGCAAUCGCCCUGGAACUGGUGAACAACCCUCCAGUCAUGUUCUUCGAUGAGCCCACAAGUGGUCUGGACAGUGCCUCCUGCUUCCAAGUGGUUUCCCUGAUGCGGUCUCUGGCUCAGGGUGGGCGCACCAUCAUCUGCACCAUCCACCAGCCCAGCGCCAAGCUCUUUGAGAUGUUCGACAAGCUGUACAUCCUGAGCCAGGGCCAGUGCAUCUUCAAAGGUGUCGUGACCAACCUCAUCCCCUACCUGAAGGGUCUUGGCCUCCACUGCCCCACAUACCACAACCCGGCUGAUUUCAUUAUUGAGGUGGCCUCAGGAGAGUAUGGGGACCUCAACCCUGUCCUGUUCCGCGCUGUCCAGAAUGGCAUGUGCACCAUGGCUGAGAAGAAGAGCAGCCCCGACAAGUCAGAUCCAUCAUGCCCAACACACUGUGUGACGGACACGGACCACAUCGAAAGUCACACUUUUGCCACCAGCACUUCAACGCAGUUCUGCAUCCUCUUCAAGAGAACCUUUGUCUGCAUCCUAAGGGACACGGUGCUGACCCACCUGCGGUUCAUGUCCCACAUCUGCAUCGGGGUGCUGAUUGGGCUGCUCUACCUGCACAUUGGCAACGAUGCGGGCAAAGUCUUCAACAACACUGGCUUUCUCUUCUUCUCCAUGCUCUUCCUCAUGUUUGCUGCGCUGAUGCCCACCAUCCUCACCUUCCCCCAGGAGAUGUCUGUAUUCCUGCGGGAGCACUUGAACUACUGGUACAGCCUGAAAGCCUAUUAUCUGGCAAAGACCAUGGCGGAUGUCCCCUUCCAGGUGAUCUGCCCCAUCGCGUACUGCAGCAUCGUGUACUGGAUGACGGGCCAGCCACCCGAAGCCACGCGUUUCCUCCUCUUCUCUGCCCUGGCCACCGCCACAGCCCUGGUGGCCCAGUCCCUCGGGCUUCUCAUUGGAGCUGCUUCCACUUCUCUACAGGUGGCCACCUUUGUGGGUCCUGUCACUGCCAUCCCCGUCCUGCUCUUCUCGGGCUUCUUCGUCAGCUUCAAGACCAUCCCCACCUACCUGCAGUGGAGCUCCUAUGUCUCCUAUGUCAGGUAUGGCUUUGAGGGCGUCAUUCUCACCAUCUAUGCCAUGGAGCGUGAGGACCUGGAGUGCCUCGAGGAAUUUUGCCCUUUCCAAAAACCCAUCAAGAUCCUGCAGGAGCUGGAUGUGGAGGAGGCCAAGCUGUACCUGGACUUCAUCAUCCUGGGCAUUUUCUUUGUCAUCCUGCGGCUCCUGGCUUACCUGGUCCUCAGGUACAAAGUCAAGUCAGAGAGAUAAAGGGGCUGUGGGGCCCCGGUGCCAUUCCCGGGCCUGGCCUGCUGCGAGAGACAGUUCCAUAGAUGGACACAGCGCUCCUAGCAGGUCAUGGACCGCAGCAGAGGUGUCAGUAGGUGCCAGCCAGGUCUGGCUCAGUCGAGAAGGGUUUUGAGACAUCUCAGAACUGUUUUAACCUUUCCACACACUCUUCAUUGCAAAAGUUUUGUACAGCCCUGGCAUGUGCCACCCUCUCCCCCAGGACUGCCGAACCCCAUGGAACUCGGACUCCCCCUUGUCGCCCCUGCCCGGCACUGUCCUUCUCCACCAAACGCAUUGGGACACCAAGGACAGUCCUGCAGAGGUGGCUGUCUGCCGAGCAAGGCCAAGAGGAGCCGGCUGCUCCAGGCAGGAGGGGAGCAGUGCUGUGGAGCUGCCUGAUCCUGGGGCUGAAGCCAGCAGGAGACACCUGCAGAGCACGGAUCGGUAGCGCAGCACAUAGCCCUGUUGCUCACCCUGGCCAGCAGCGUGUGUCAGUGCUAAGAAGAGCCCAAAGAUGCAAUACGUCAAGUUGCACGAGGCUUUAGUGUUUCCUGUUGCUGUAGCCACAGAAAUUGCUGCAACACCUUUUUCUUUCUGCAUAAAUAUCCAGCUCUCCCCCCUUCCCCAUCCCCCCCUUUUUUUUUUCUUUUUUUCUUUUCUUUCUUUUUUUCAUAAACCCCACUGCUUCCCAGUCUGCAUGGAGGGGAAAGGGAGCCAGGAGGCAGAGGAGGACUUGGAGCUCUGUUUCAGACUUCUGCUCAGAUGCCAUCCUCAGAGAUGGGAUCUCCAGAUCUGGGGAUGUGGCAGGAUCUGUGGGAAUGGGACAGUAUUCUCAGACUUUAGGGAGUCUCACAUUCAGUCCCUGUUAUUUUUGGAGUCUGAGCCAAGAGGAUAAAAUCAACCAACAUGGGGGAAAAGUGACCAGUCCCUUCAAGUGCUGCACAGAGUGGGGACAAUUUCUGUUCCCACACCCUGCCAGCGCCAGGCGGGUGAAAAGCUGGGCUGCGCUCAGCCUGGCCAUCGCUGGAGCCUCUGCUGCAGGAGAAGAAUUGGCCCUGAGCCCUUCCCUUGCUCCACCUUGCUCCUCACUCCUCUUCCCCCGGCACAACUGUGGCUAUCUCAGCAGAACAGGGAGGACGAGCCUCACUCAGCACUGGCUGUGCAAGGAGGGGAUGCCAGCCCCAGGGAUGGCCAGCCUCACCACAGUGCAAACCUCCCAUGGUAACGCUGUGCCGAAGGGGGUCCUGGCAGUGCCAGAACUGGAAAGCAGGUGAGAUCUUGGAGCGAUUUGCUUGCACUGGGCUAUUCUGACACUGGGAAGGGCUUUGCACUUUAUGACUGGUAUCAGGAAGAGGUCUCUUCUGACAAGUGUCUCUGGUGAUUCCUCUGAAGUCACCUGCCUCUCCACAUCCCUUGCAGAGGGAAGGCAUUUUGGCACCUCGGUGGCUCUCCAAAAGAACAGAGCUGAGACCAGAGCUGGUGGGGCGUCUGCACACACUGCUGUGUUGGGAGCACAGCACGUUGUGAAGCCGCAUAGCACAGGCCUUGUCUCUGUGGAUGUGCUGGCACUGGUGUCUCCCGGCUGUGCUGGUCACCCAUGCACAUGGGAACCUACUGCUUUUUAGUGACCAUGGCCAUGAGAGAAGGCAGCUCUGCCCCGUCCUGGCGUGCUGGGCCCUGGUUCAAGUGCAGUCUGCGAGAUGAUGCUGCCAGCACUCUCUGGGCAGCAGGGGAUUGCAGGGCAAAUGCCAGAUUUCAGCAUAAUCCUUGAGACUGUUCUUUGCUUUUACUGGCUCGUGUUGGGACUGCUCUGCACAGCAGGGUC